AUGAAUUCCACAAUCCAAUCUCUCACUCCUGAUGUCAUGCUAGUCACACUCAAAACCACCCUCUUCCUCAACGCCUACAUGCUCAACCUGACCGCCCUCACAGGCACCCUGUCCCUCCUGUCUGACCAACGCGCCCGGGUCGUCCUCCGCGCCUGGCGCGCGGUCCAAACGACCCGGCAGCUGGUCCGCUCAAACGCUAUGGCCGUGCAGGAGGAAGGUGGUGAGGCAGAUCUUGAGCAGCUGGCGCACUGGGUGCGCUGGGCUAAAGGGGUCGUUGAGCAGGCGUGUGAGUUGAACGCGAAUGUGGACGGUAGGGAUAGCGGUGGGGUUCGUGUACCUAUGGCCAUGCGUGCUGCGAACGGUACUUUUGCAAUUCACCCCACGCUGCUUGCUGAGCAGGAGGAGCAGGACGCGGUGAUGGUCUGGCUCGAGGGCGUGGAGGCUGCGAAGGUUGACACGACACAGGCGGAGCAAGUAGGGAGAGAGAUUGAUAUAUUUCAGGUGAUUGAGGAGGACUCCGAGAGCAUUUUCUCCUUCUCAACACAGCCUGGCCUCUUAGCCUCCGUGACGAAGGUGCAAGGUGGCGGGCUGCUGCCCGAGCAACGCGAGGCGCUUGAGGCACUGUGGAAUGAGGUGCGGGCCGCGUCUGCAAAGCCUGCAAUGCCUGCGGACGAGAUGUGUCUAAGGACCCGUCAGGCGAAGGCGACGGGAAUGCAGAUGGUCCUGCUCGGUAGGAAACUGAUCGACGCCUGCAUCGGCAUCGCUAAUACGAUCAUCGACAUCGGGCGUGCCGUGCAUGAUGCUCAAGGAUUACCACCAAAGCUUCGAGAGCUGCUCGAGAAGCUACCAGCGAUCCAAGAACUGUUAGAGAGUGCGCAGGAGAGCUGCGAGGAAGGGAGGAUCACGGAUGAUGCCAGCAAGAGCGCACAGCCGAUCUUGAAACAAUGCGCGGAGGCUCUAGCUGAACUAAGAGACAUAUUCAGGAAAGCCUGUCCAAAGGAUGGGGAGAAUCGUACCAAGCGCAUCUGGAGAGGCGCAAAGACUGUCUUCUUUGGCCGAGACAACCAGGUACAGAAGCUUCUCGUGACUAUUCAAGACGACUUGAGACUGUUGGAGCAGAAGGAGGUCUAUGUUAUUGGCGACAAGCUGGACGCACUGCAGCAAGUUACGCAAGGACUAGCGGAUAAUGAAGACGGCAAGUAUACACACACUGGAGCGGGCAACAUUAUUGCCAAUGAAGGCGGCAGUCCUACGAAUUACGUAGUUGGUGGAAGCAACAACCGGCAGAUCAACAAUCCUGGGGUAUAUAAUGAGGGCCCUUCAACUAGACCAGAGGCCCCGCCGGCCCCUUUCUGCGCCAUCCCCUUCCGCCGCGACCCGGACUUUGUCGACCGCGGAACGCUGCUCGACCAGGUACGCGAGAAAUGCGCUGCCCCGGCAUCGUGCAUAGCGCUGGUGGGCCUGGGCGGCGUGGGAAAGUCGCAGCUCGCCAUCGAACACUGCUACCAAACCGCAGAUGCAUCUCCAGAGACGUGGGUGUUCUGGGUGCACGCGGGCACACGAGCAAGGUUCGAGCAGGGAUACCGCCGGAUCGCCGAGGCGACCAAGAUGGACGGCUGGGACGACCCCAAGGCGGACGUCCUGCGGCUGGUGCGCAGCUGGCUGUGUGACAAAUCGAACGGGCGGUGGGUGAUGGUGGUGGACAACGCCGACGAUGCGAGCGUCUUUUUCCAGAACCCGUUGCAAAGCCACGCGACAGGCAGCUUCGAUCAGUCAACAGAGCUGCUUUCAGACUUCCUGCCACAAUCACCGAACGGAUCGAUUCUUGUUACCUCCCGGAGCCGAGACGAUGCGUACAGACUUACGGGCACCUAUUCUAGCGUUAUCGAGGUCAAGCCAAUGGACAAGGACGAUGCGCUAGCCCUUCUCAAGAAGAAGCUCGGGAUUAUCGCCAACGAAGACGAAGCCGUGGAACUGAUAGAUGCCCUCGACUUUAUGCCCCUCGCGCUGACGCAGGCGGCGGCUUUCAUCAGACAGGGGGCGACGCGCAUGAGCGUGCCGAGAUAUGUAGAAAAAGUCCGCAAAAGCGAUCGUGAUCGAGCGCGGCUGUUGAUGAAGGACGUGGGAGACAGUCGCAGGGACGGAAAGGCGUCCAACUCGAUCAUUGCGACGUGGCAGAUCUCGUUCGAGCACAUCCGGACGAGGACGCCGACAGCCGCCCGGCUGCUGUCGCUAAUGAGCCUGUUCGACCCACAGGGGAUUCCCGAGUCGCUUCUUCACAAUCGAUAUAGUGAAGAAGGGGAUGGCGAGGAUGGGGAGGCUGACUUCGACGACGACAUCUGCAUGCUGACUAGCUUUUCUCUAGUCAGAAUGAGCGUGGACGGACGCGAGUUUGAGAUGCACCGGCUAGUGCAGUUCUCGACGAAGAAGUGGCUGGAGCUAUGCAGCGAGCUCGAGGUGUGGCAAUCGACGUAUGCAGCGCUCAUGGACGAUAACUACCCGGUGGGGCGGCCCGAGAACUGGGCAGUGUGCCAGGCACUGUUUCCGCACGCCCAAGCCGUGGUGAACAACCGGCCGAAGGAUGUAAAGGCGUUAGAAGCAUGGGCGUCCGUGCUCUUCAAGGCGGCGUGGUAUGCAAGCGAGAUAGGCCAGUAUAGCAAGGCGUACGAGAUGGGUUCUGCCGCGUUGCAUUUUAGGGAGACUAUCCUAGGAGAGGAGCACCCAGACACGCUCAACAGCCUGAACAGUCUUGGAAUCGUCUUAAACUGGCAAGGCCAGUAUAGUGAAGCAGAGGCAAUGCAUCAACAAGGACUAGAAGCAAAAGAGCGGGUGCUUGGGAAGGAGCAUCCUUCUACGUUUACCAGCAUGGCCAACCUGGCGUCGACGUCCUCAACAUCCCUUCGCAUUAUCAUUUCGGGAAGCUCUGGCAACAUGGCAGUUAGAGGCAAUGGAACUUAG